GUUCUUUUAUGCGAAUGGGGUGAGUGAUGAUUGUGAUUAUUGUAGGAGGGCGAUGUAUGUGUUGGCGAUGGUGGUGUGUUUGAGGGAUUUGGUGCUGGAACUGCGUGGGGAGGAGGCGGGGUCUGGGCAGACGGCAAUGCCUAUUUAUAUGCCGAGCUCUGAUAUCGUGCGUCGGUGGAACGCGGCGGAGCGGGAGUUCCUUGAGAGCAACGGGGUCGAGUUGGUCGAGUCUAAUGGGGAGCUGUUCCUCAAGGUGGAUGAGCGGACGGCGGUGGUGUCGUACCGGAACUGGAACCCCGUCAAGCAGGUGGUCGCCGACAUUGCGAAGCCGGCGGUGUUGAUCUGCCGGCCUGUGUCGGACGACCCAAACCAAGACUUUGCGUGGAAGGACGAACAGGUGGGGGAUACGGACGACGAAGAAACGACGAUACGGGUGCCGACGGUCAGGUCUAGGUUGCUUGAGCCAUCGAGCCUUGUGGUUGAUCCCGAUUCUCCGAGGGUCAGGGAGUUGGUCGAGAACUAUGAUGGGUUCGAGCUACCGGUGCUCCCGGGGGAUACGAUAGACAAAGAGGUCUUGAGACUAUAUAUGAGGAAACCCGAUGCCUCAACCAAGGUGGAAUACUGGUAGGCGGUCUUGGUCUGGUUGAGUAAUGAAAAAGAAAGAGUUUGAUACCCACCUCAAAAGUUAAUACAACACCCCAGCCCCA